GAGAAAGAGAGAGGGUGAGAGAGAGCAGGAGAGCAAGAGCGAGACAGAGAGAGAGGCAGAGAAAAAGAGAGGGUGAGAGAGAGCGGGAGAGCGAGAGAGAGAAAGACGCAGCACUGAGAGUGAUCAGUAGAGAAGGUGCGCUCUGUAGUCAGUCUUGGAAGCAAAGUGACAGAGGCAUCAGGCGAAGCCCAGCAGAGCACAGGCAAGAGGAGGGACAGCGGCCAUGCCAUCACAGGGAUGUCCUCGUGUGUGAGGAGAGAGCAAAACUGAAGAUCACAGAAAGGACUACAAUGAUGACAUCAUAUUGUCGGGACACGCCUCUUACACGCCCCUCCUUCUCACUGUAGUUAAUUCAUAAGGACGGGCUUGUGGAUUGCUUGGGAUACUACAACGAUGACAAAUCAAUUCCCCCUCCUCUUCCUGCUGCUCGCCUUCCCCCAACAGAUAUCCCCGGCGCUGUUAGCGAGCGGGGGCAGCGGAAACCUCUUUAACAAGCCGGCCGGCCUGGCCGACAAGGAGGGGAAGCUUCUGCACAGGUCCAAGCGCGGCUGGAUGUGGAACCAUUUCUUUCUGCUGGAGGAGUACACGGGAACGGACAACCAGUACGUGGGCAAGCUCCACUCUGACAUGGACAAAGGGGACGGGAGCGUCAAGUACGUUCUCACCGGAGAGGGUGCAGGGACCCUGUUUGUGAUCGACGAAAAGUCAGGUGACCUUCACGCCACCAAGGGGCUGGACAGGGAGGAGAAGGCCAACUACACCCUCCGCGCUCAGGCGGUCAACAGAUACACGGGCCGUCCGCUGGAGCCGGAGACCGAAUUUGUCGUCAAAAUCCAUGACAUCAACGACAACGAGCCAAAGUUCACCAAGGAGGUUUACACCGCCAGCGUCCCCGAAAUGUCCGAAGUUGGAACCUCUGUAAUGGAAGUCACUGCCAUAGAUGCGGAUGAUGCCACAUAUGGGAACAGUGCCAAGCUGGUGUUCAGUAUCCUACAGGGACAGCCGUACUUCUCCGUGGACCCAGAGUCAGGUGAGAUCAGGACGGCUCUGCCGAACAUGAACAGGGAGAUGCGCGAGCACUACCAGGUGGUGAUCCAGGCCAAAGACAUGGCGGGCCAGAUGGGCGGGCUCACGGGGACCACCACAGUUAACAUCACCCUGACCGACGUCAACAACAGCCCACCCCGCUUCCCUCACAGCUCCUACCACCUGUCGGUGUUGGAGUCGGCAGAGAUGGGAUCAGCGGUGGGCCGGAUCAAAGCCGCAGACGGCGACAUCGGAGUGAACGCCGAGACGCAUUACGGCAUCGUGGACGGCGACGGGCGGGACACGUUCGCCAUCGCCACUGACAGGGUGACGCAGGAGGGCAUUAUCACCGUCAAAAGGCGCCUGGACUACGAAAGCAAAAGGACGUACGCCCUAAAGGUGGAGGCGUGGAACGCGCACCUGGACCACCGGUUCGAUCACCUGGGUCCGUUUAAAGACACGGCGCUGGUGAAGGUCUCAGUGCAGGACGUGGACGAGCCCCCCGUGUUCAGCAGUUCGCUGUAUGUUUUCGAGGUUCAGGAGGACACCCCCGUGGGCAGCCUGAUCGGUGUGGUCAGCGCCUGGGACCCCGAUGUCAAUGAUCACCGGGUCAGGUACUCUAUAGACAGGCACACUGACCUUGAUCGACUUUUCAACAUCAGUUCCUUCAAUGGAUCAAUUUCAACUCUGCAGUUCCUCGACAGGGAAGCCUCAAAAUGGCAUAACAUUUCAGUAGUUGCUACUGAAAUAGGUAACCCUCAGAAAAUCAGUCGUGUCCCAGUUUUCAUCAAGCUUCUAGACAUCAACGACAACGCGCCUGAAUUUGCGAUGUUUUACGAGACCUUUGUAUGUGAGAAUGUCAAAGCUGGACAGCUAAUUCAGACUAUAAGUGCGGUUGACACAGAUGAGCCUCUUAUUGGACACAAAUUUGUUUUCAGUUUGAGUUCCUCAAAUCCAAACUUUACAGUCGUCGACAAUGAAGAUAACACAGCUAGAAUUCUGACCGGAAGAAGUGGAUUUAGUCGGCGUGAAAGGAGUGCCUACCUUCUGCCCGUAGUUAUAUCUGAUAAUGACUAUCCUAUCCAGAGUAGUACAAGCACGCUGACCAUCCAAGUGUGCGCCUGCGACCGCAAGGGCAACGUGCAGUCCUGCGGCCUCGAGGCUUUCCUGCUCUCCACCAGGCUCAGCACCGCCGCCCUGGUGGCCGUCCUGCUGUGCGUUAUCAUCCUCCUCAUGAUUGUUGUUUUGUUCGCUGCCCUGCGAAGACAGAAGAAGAAGGGGCCUCUAAUCAUCUCCAAGGAGGACGUGAGAGACAACGUGGUGAGCUACAACGACGAAGGGGGCGGGGAGGAGGACACGCAGGCCUUCGACAUCGGCACGCUGCGCAACCCCGAGGUGUUGGACGUCAACAAGCAGCGGCGCGACAUCAUCCCGGACAUGCUGUUCCCCUGCCGCCGGGCUUCGCCCGUCCACGGCGGCGCCGACAUCAGGGACUUCAUCAGCUGCCGGCUGACGGACAACGACUCGGACCCGACGGCGCCCCCUUACGACUCGCUGGCCACCUACGCGUACGAGGGAAGCGGCUCCCUCGCCGAGUCUCUCAGCUCGCUCGGGUCGGGCGAGGCGGACGGCGAUCAGGAGUUCGAUUACCUCGGCAGCUGGGGACCCCACUUCAAAAAGCUGGCCGACAUGUAUAUAGCAAAGAGCGUGGCCAGAGAGGCUUAGGUCUAAGCCGCUACGACACACGCCCGCCAACGUAACGUGAAGACGUGAACAAGGAAGAGGUAACUUCUUUGGCUGUAACUCUGGAUUCCAUGAAAACUUGAAUAUCGUUCGACCACGCUAGUCAUGGUUUUUAACUCUGGUUUUCUAACUUAUUUCUUUUUGUUGUACUUAUCUAUUUUGUAAAUGGUGAAGAUAUAUGAUAAAUUUUGUUGAGGUUUUUGUGUAUUAUGCUGUGGCCAACCGUUUGUAAUUAGGAGAAGGGUGCUGGUAUUCUGUACACAGUCAGUGUUUAAGGGGGAAAAUGAUUCUGCUUCAGUCUGAAGCAUAAAUAGAUAAUUGUGAUUAAUGUGUUAUAAUGACAAUAUUUAAUUAUUAUAUUUUAUUGUUUUAUGUUCAAGUGAAUGGUUGGUGAGAUUUGCUCGUCAAACUGUGGCUUGAUUUUGAUUCGAUGUUCACAUGUAAUACAGACUGCUCUUUUAGUAUCAUUGACAAACCUUUGACAUUGUAUGAAUGCUGAGUCAUGUUUUAUAUUUAUAUUUUUAUAUAUUUUAAUAAAAAAUGUCUAAAUAUCA